ACAGAGAUCUUGUGAUCAUCCCAAGACAAAACCAGAGAAAAAGACCUGUCUGUUUUUUUAAGAAGUCUUUAUAUUAUUUUUUUUGUCGGAGAAUCUUAUAAGCAUGGCUUCAGGAGGAUCAAAGUCGGCAGCUUUCAUGCUUCUGAUGCUGAAUCUUGGUCUCUAUUUCGUCAUCACCAUCAUCGCUUCUUGGGCUGUUAAUCACGGCAUCGAGAGAACUCGCGAGUCUGCGUCGACACUGUCACUUCCGGCGAAGAUAUUCCCGAUAUACUUCCCGGUGGGGAACAUGGCGACCGGUUUUUUCGUAAUAUUCACGUUAAUCGCCGGCGUCGUCGGAAUGGCCACAUCACUCACCGGAAUCAUCAACGUUCUUCAAUGGGACUCUCCGAAUCUCCACUCCGCCGCGGCUUCCUCUCUAAUCUCCUGGUCUCUCACUCUCCUCGCCAUGGGAUUGGCCUGCAAGGAGAUCAACAUAGGCUGGACCGAAGCCAAUCUAAGAACUCUUGAAGUUCUGACUAUAAUUGUGAGUGCUACUCAGUUGUUGUGCACCGGAGCUAUUCAUGCUGGAGUCGGAGAAACAGUCGCCUCCGGAGAAAGGCCUCAUCUUGGGAGAGUUUGAGUUUCAUGAUUCUUCUUAAAAGCGGUUUUACAUUUGCUUCAGAUCGUGUAAUUUGUGUGUUGUGUCUUGUGUGUGUUUAUUCUUUUGUUUUGUUUGAUUAUUAUGAUCAUGUAAAAUGAUUAGUUGGUGUGAAGAAAAAAAAGAAAAGAGAUUGAUAAUAAUAUUACACAUUACAUUCUUUGCAACAACUUAGCAUCAAACGAUUUGAUACUCUAAACAUGAUCUGCAUCUUCCCCGCCCACUCCCAAAAUAACAAAAUCCUAAUUCUUAUCAGUUCUCACUUUCUCAGAUCCUCUGGAACAAGCAACAUAAACAAACACACAAGAGAACAAACAUGUCACCGGAAGCGUCGUCAUUACAAUGAUGAUUAUCAUUAGGAACCACAAUGACCACAAAACUCCCACCUCCACCACCACCUCUUGCAUCGACGAUGUUAUCAAAAAGGUUAAGAUUAAGUAACGGCGACCAAGACUUUAUCUUCUUCAAGGGUAAAGCAAAAACAC